CUCCUCUGCUAAUGACACAUUUGCCCCUCCUGGACACCUGGCUCAGUCUGCCGCACUCCUCUUCCCGCAGAGUCUGCACUCGAUUUGGAAGCUUUUCUAUUCUUCAGAAAAAGAAGGCGCCGCGCUGGGAAGAUGAUGGCUCCGGACCCGCUGCGUUCUGCCAUGAGAAACCGGGGAUUUGACGACACGUCGCUCGCCUUGCCCUCCGACGGCAAGCUGCACACAGGAGCGCAGCGCGUGCUGGAUCAGGUGCACACCAUCAGGAGGAGCAAGUCCAAACCCGGCAGCAAAGACUCCGCGUCCCCAAUAAGCCCGACUCCCAACAACUGGACCUCAUACGAGUCCGGAGCAUUCAAGUUUUCCCCGUCCAAAGCAAAUGGCACCUUCAGCCGCACCAACUCCGCUGUGUCAACAGGCCACAGCAAAACGGUAAAUUCUCAGAGUCGCAGUGUGUUCGCUAGAACCUGGGGAGGAAGACAUGUCACCAACUCUGGCAUAUGGGAUCCACAAGUCAGCGCCCACAACUGUCCGACAGCUUCCAAUGGGUUGAAAUCCGCUCGCAGUGACCCUGUUUUGGCGCCUUCAUUUUCUGCUGCACCCGUCAUGCGAGCCAAAGGCCAGGGGGUCCAAAGCCAGAACAACUUGCAGACUCGACAGAACAGACUCAGCACCUAUUCUAGGACCAGCUUUCCGAUUUCCACCAGCCAGAAUGCGAUCUUCCAGACACCCUCUGCCCAGGUUCACACCGACGGCAAGAUGGGCACCAUCAAACACUCCAAGAUAGCGCAGGAAUCCUCCAAGAUGAACAGUGUUGUGAACAUGUCAGAAAUGACACUGGAUCAGGCUGUAGAGUUCCUGUCUUACACUGAAGAGUACCAGCAGUGUGGAGCCACCUUCAUCCAACACAAAACCUUCAAAGACGACAGCACCAAACAGGAGGUUUUCCAUUUGGGAGGUAUCCCUGGGCUUGUGAGCCUGAUGCGGAGCCCCGCCCCUGGGGUGAGCCAGGCCGCGGCUGGAGCUCUGAGGAACCUGGUGUUCAAAGACCAGAAAAACAAGCUGGAGGUUCAGAACUGUGGCGGCAUAGCGAAGGCCCUGCAGCUACUAAAGGAGACGGAUUCUACCGAGACCCAGAAACAAAUUACUGGCCUGCUAUGGAACCUGUCCUCUGCCGACGAGCUGAAGGAAGAACUCAUAGCUACAGCUUUGCCUGCCCUGACUGAGAACGUGGUGGUGCCGUUCACCUGCUGGUCAGACAGCUGUGCCAACAACAACAUACACCCCGAUGUCUUCCACAGCGCCACAGGGUGCCUGCGGAACCUGAGCUGCUCCCAAAAGAAGGAGCGGCAGGCAAUGAGACAGUGCCGCGGCCUCAUCGACUCCCUCAUGAACUACGUCCAGUCCUGUGUGGCGGAGGAAAACCCUGAUGACAAGUCUGUGGAGAACUGUGCGUGCAUCCUCCAUAACUUGACCUACCAACUGGAGGAAGAGUCCCCUGUCUGCUUCGACAAGUUCCGACCUUCACCACAGAGCCAGGCUGGGGGGAGGAAAAGCCCCACCAUGGGAUGCUUCAGCCCCAAGAGCAGCAAGGCUCAGAAAGAGAUAUUCAACGGUGUUCUGGAAAUGCCGGAGGUCAGCUCCCCAUCAGGUGUGGAGGGGUUGUGCCAUCCCAAAUCCAUGCAGACCUACUUGUCUUUACUGGGCUCGUCCCAGAAAGAUGCCACCCUGGAAGCGUGCUGUGGUGCCCUGCAGAACCUCACUGCCAACAAGGGAAUUGGGUCCAGUGCCAUGAGUCAGAUUCUGGUUCAAAAGAUGGGGGCUCUGGUGCAGAUACCCCGUCUUCUAAAGUCCCCCAACCGCAGCUUGCAAAAGGCCGCCAUAUCCCUGCUGGGUAACAUGUCUCGGACCAGCAGUGUGCAGCCCACCAUGGCAAAGCAGAUCCUGCCUGAGCUCACCGACCUCCUCUCCUCCGGCCCACGAGAAAUGGGAAACUUGGACGACACUAUGAUGACCGCUUGCAACACAGUCAGGAGUCUAAUGUUGGCGGACACUGAGGUCAGCAAGAAGGUUAUCAAUAAUAAACUGGUGACGUCCCUUGCUGACCUCAGCGAGAACGGGUCUUUUCCCAAAUCGAGCAAAGCAGCUUCCCACCUGCUCUACAGCUUAUGGAACGAGAAGAGUCUUCAAGGCGCUGUGAAAAAGCUGGGGAUGGCUAAAUCACUUUUUGUGAACGACAUCACUACAGCUGUGCAGAGGUCAAUGCAAGUUAUUGAGUGAGUGUGCUCAACGUGGAACAGAACCUCAGAGUCUGAAAGGUUUUCGCGUGUGUUCUUUCAGACGGAAAUCAGCAUGUUAAGACACUUCUGCGGCUACACCCUUGCAAAAGAAAGAGUAGAAUUAUAUUAUUCACAUAAUGACAUAAAUUGGGGUGACUCAUACAUGAUAUAUAUACUUUUGAGAGUAUGCACCACGUAUGUAAAACAUUCAUAAGACAGUGUUUAGUUUCCUGAAUAAUCCUGCAGCGGUUUAUGUAUUUAAUUUGGAUAUGUUUCUGUCCGUGUAUAUAAAGAGGUGGAUGUGUUUCUGUUAGACAAAGAGUGCAUGUGCUGAAAUUCAGAUCUUCUGGCCAGUGAGCUGCAGCAGUGAUUUUGAAAUAAAUGGCAUUUUUUUCAAAUGUGCAGUGGCUAAAAUCUGAAAUAUCUACUGUGGCUUUGAAGUCUGAGCAGCCAAAAUCAAAGUAAUAAGAAAAAAAAUAUAAAAAACAAAAGAUAUUGUCUGUAUUUCUGAUAUCGUUUUUUUCGAUAACCUUCUACAUUCACUUGGAUUUCUUCUUGUCCUGUUAUUUGUUUCAUUACUCGAUUAUUGAGUUUAUUGUUCUAUAAAACAAAGCUUUCUAAACAAUUGCAAAAAUAGAUAAAUGAAUUGUUCCGCAUUUUGGGAAACCUGUUUACUAGUUGAUGAGAAGAUACCGCUGUUAUGUUGGUACAUUGUAGGUGAAGGUUCAACCAGCAACCAGUUAAACUAACUGGAACAGUGAGUCAGGCCUUGUCCAGAGGUAACACCUAUGUGUCCUGCGUGUCUUUAUAAAAACUAUUGUCAUGUUUUAAGAAUGUUCCCUUUGGCAGGGCUGCUUUUUUUUUCCUGUUUUCUGAGCUAAGAACCAGUUGCUUAUUCUUUGCCGUAACCUUUUGGUAAUCUUGCCUAUUGAAAUGUACAAAUUACAUGGUAUUAUUUUUAUCUCCCUUUUUUUUAAGAUUGUUCAUACACUUUCAUAAACUGAGGAAUUGGAGAAAGCAAAGUAAUUGACUAAUGUACAUGUAGCGCCAGCCAGUCCAAUUCCCUUUGAUUAUGUAUAGACAGUGAAACCGUUUAAAGUCUGACUUUAAAUGGAUCCGCAGUUGACCGGUUUAGCUGCUGGCUGCACACUGAUCGUCUUUGAAGUGUUUGAGAUCAUGAGGAGGUUGCACCUUUAUUCAUAGGUGUGACAAAUUAUGAUCCGUGUGAACGGCUGAGGUGAGAUGAACCGCACAUUCAAAUAUGUUAGAACAUUUAUUUUAAGUUUAACACAUUCAGUCCCUCAGCUAAAACGUUUUAAAGCUUUACAUACUGAAACACAUUUUAAAUCCCCUUAAAUCACACAAUGCAUUUCAAAGACUGCAAGGGGGAUUAUCCAAGGCUACAAUACACUACAUCAGACUUUCUAUGGUUGGAACAUAUAUAGUCUUACUAUGCAUAUAUUCCUGCUGAGGCUCCUUUACCUCGUGGGAGGUGGAUGUCAGUAUUUCUUAUGAAUGUAUUUUUGGCGAAAUAGUUUGUGCGGCAUAUAACAAGGAGCUUUCCCUCCUGUAAAUAGAAUAAAUAACACCUUUUGAAGACAA